AUGAAUAUACGGCGUGUGGGAAAGUCUCUGGUGAGGUGUCACUCCUCCCUGGACUUGUGUACCUCAGAACUGACUGCACAUAAAAGAAUCCACAGCGGAGAGAAGCCUUAUGAAUGUAAGCAAUGUGGGAAAGCCUUCAGACGGUCCUCACACUGCCGUAGACACAUGCGAACUCAUAGUGGAGAGAGGCCCUAUGAAUGUAAAGAAUGUGGGAAAGCCUUUAGAACAACUGCACAUCUUACAGGACAUAGAAUAAUCCACAGUGGAGAGAAACCUAAUGAAUGUAAGGAGUGUGGGAAAGCGUUUAAAAGCAACACAUACCUAAGAAUACAUACAAGAAACCACAGUGGAGAGAAGCCUUAUGAAUGUAAGGAGUGUGGGAAAGGCUUUCUAACACCCUCAAGACUCAGAACACAUACAAUAAUCCACAGUGGAGAGAAGCCUUAUGAAUGUAAGGAGUGCGGGAAAGCAUUUAGAACAACUUCACAACUUACAAUACAUAGAGGAAUCCACAGUGCGGAGAGGCCCUAUGAAUGUAAGGAGUGUGGGAAAGGCUUUCUAACACCCUCAAGCCUCAGAACACAUAAAAUAAUCCACAGUGGAGAGAGGCCCUAUGAAUGUAAAGAAUGUGGAAAAGCCUUUAGAACAACCGCACAUCUUACAGCACAUAGAGUAAUCCACAGUGGAGAGAAGCCUUAUGAAUGUAAGGAGUGUGGGAAAGCCUUUAGCAGAACCUCACACCUUAAAUCACAUAGAAUAAUCCACAGUGCAGAGAAGCCCUAUGAAUGCAAGCAAUGUGGAAAAGCCUUUAAAACAACUGCAACCCUUAGAAGUCAUAGAAGAACCCACACUGAAGAUAGGCCCUAUGAAUGUAAAGAAUGUGGAAAAGCCUUUAGAACAACCUCACAUCUUACAGUACAUAGACUAAUCCACAGUGGAGAGAAGCCUUAUGAAUGUGAGGAGUGUGGGAAAACCUUUAAAAGUACUUCACAACUUAAAAGACAUAGACUAAUCCACAGUGCAGAGAGGCCCUAUGAAUGUAAGGAGUGUGGGAAAGCGUUUAGAACAACUUCACACCUUACAAGACAUAGAAAAAUCCACAGUGCAGAGAGGCCUUAUGAAUGCAAGCAAUGUGGGAAAGCCUUUAGAACGCCUGCACUCCUUAGAAGGCAUAGAAGAAUCCACAGUGGAGAGAGGCCCUAUGAAUGUACAGAAGGCAACAACUUAGCCGACCAGAGGGCCAUAGAAAAUUGCUUAAAAGCCAACGUAGCCCUAGUGACUCAGUUGCCGGACACAGGAGACACCGCCUUGCCUGAGGACCAGCCUUACACCAAGGCCGACCUAGACUAG